AUGGAAAAUUUCAACGAAAUGACAUCAGCAACAAGAAGCAGUAGAACCAUUGACGACAUUCUAAAAAUAAAUUUACACUCUGUACACGUAAAUCCCAUCGCCAAAGUAUAUGACUCGUCUGACUACGGGCAAAUGGCAUUGAUUGUGCGUUACGAGCUGCUUGAAUUAUCCUGGGGUUUUUAUAAUGUGCAACAAGAGAUCGUAAUUCCGUUUAAGCAGAUUCAAAAGUUUAGGAUUGCUGAUGGGAAGGUUUAUGUUCAGCUACUUGAUGGAUUUAUUAAUUUGAUAAAGGUAGUUGACGCGGAUAUAAUUGGAAGUUUAUUUCAGUCAAAGGAGAAGAUGAAGAAUCCCAUUUCUCUUGAUUUCCUAAAAAAUGCAGCUAGCCUUGUUUUUACACCAAGUGACGAUGUUAAAUCAGAGUCUGUAAUGGUAUUUGGACAAAUUAUAAAGAAAUUCCGUUUCGAUAAACCAUCUUCUACCACUAAAUCUGAAAAUCUCUGUCCAACUUCAACUAAUCGAGAACUUGGUGAAAAGGAACCGCAGAUGCUCGAAAUCGAUUGUGUCUUCGUCUUUCGUCGCUUCAUCUUAACGAUUCCCACACAUUUCACUCUCGAACAACUGCUCGUCACGAUCGAGCAUCGUGUUCAGACAGUGCUGAAUCGUGAUCGCGUCUUUUUCGUGAACAAGAAUCACGAAAGAAUUAAUCUUGAAGACGAUCAAGAUUGGCAGCUCGCGAAAUUGGAAGUUAAGACGGAGAAAAUGAAGUUAGAAUUACUGUUAGUUUGA